AUGACCCUAUCUCCUCCUAUCCAACCUUCCCGUCCUUCAACUUCAUCCCAACGAUCUCGUCAAGAUCUCGAAGCGACCUUUGAAGCUGCUUUAUUAUCACCUAGCACCACAUAUCUAUCAGUAUCUCCAGUCUUACCUGAAGAAACUACCUUGAAUCAGGAAUUAGCAUUACCACCUAAUCAUCCUUUUGCUCGAACGAGUCAAUCAAAACAACAACAUCCUACUUUCCAACAUCAAAAUCGAGAUGAACGUUCCGGAAUCCCUGGUUCUAUCCCCGGUACAUCGAAACAUCGUGGUACGGGUAUAUUAGAAAGUGGUCGGGAAGGGGUUAAUGAGAAUCAUAAUGUUUUCGCUUCUACUUCUGGUAAACCCGGUAAUCAUGGGAUGGAAGGAAGAGUGAAAUCUGGAAGAGGAAGUGAAGAUUUACCUAGAGAAACAGGUUUGAAAGCAUGGGGGAAAGGUCUUACUUUAGGUAAAAGAAAUAACAGAAGACCGAGUACAAAUCAACAACGUAUCAUUCCAUUUGAUUUAGAAGACGAUUAUGAUCGACCACAAACUAUUGAGAAAAGAAGUUUUGAUGAUGAUUUACUUUUAUCAUCGGAUGAUUUGGAACAUUCUAGGAAACACGGAUUGAUCCUUCCUCCGGGAGCUUUAGCACCUUCUGUUUUCGCACCUGGGAUAGGAAAAGAUGGAGAGGUCUAUCCUUCUGUCCCUUUCCCUUCGAACAACGUUCAGGAUCUUAGUCCGAAAGAUAGAGUGAAAGAGGAGACACCGUUAGAUUCUGGGAAAUCAGCUUUUGAAGGGAAUGAUGAAGGAGAAGAACGCAUGGAUGAUGGGAAGAUCAAGGAGGAUGACAGAAGAGGAGGUGGAGGGGAAUCAGGAGAGUCAAAAGAGAAAAGAAGGAGUGAUAUCCAUGAUUUGUCAAAUGGAAGAGAAACCAGUCAAGUUGGUCUAGAUGGAGAGGAAAGAGUAAACUCAAGAGAUGCUCAGAGGAUUGAAAAAAGAGAUAGCAAGAUGGGACAAAAUCAAGUUCAAGGUUUAGGUUUCGGAGUGGAAAAUGAUUCUGGUCGAUAUGGGACUCUAUCGACCAACAGCACUAUAACAAACAAUUUAAGUGCUUCGGUUUCUUUAUCGACAAAUAGUAGCAUGACAAAUGGUUUGAAUACUUCCAUCCCUUCGUCGACGAACACUACUAUCACAAAUAAUUUAAGUGCUUCAGUUCGAGGAGGUAGAAGAGGAAGUACAAUGACUACGAACACCAUUGGGACAGUAGGAAGUACAGGUACGAUUGGGACUGUGGGAACUGGUAGUGAUGGAACACCUAGUAAAUUGGUCAGGAAACAAAAACAGGCUAUAGGUCUGGAUGGUAUCAAAUCCCUCCUAGGCCCCCGCAGAUCGGAGGAGAGCUCCCAAUAUGCUCAUCCUUUAGCCGAAAUAAAAGCCCAAAACCCUAAACCGCCAAAAAAGAAAUCCAUCUUUCGUUCCCCCGGUACUGCCUCCUCACCCGAUCUAGCCACAUUAGUCCGUCGAGCAAAAGAACCGAAAUCUAACACUGACACUUCUCCAUCUUCCCAACAGACUACUCCGUCCAACGUCAAAACAGGAGCUGGACCAUCUCGACCUACCGGACAUGUGACGGAAAUGAGGAGUCCAGGGAGGGAAAGGACUGUAUCGCAUGGAGAGGGGUUGCAUGGGGAUCAUUGGGACAGAGGAUCGAAUGUUGAUGUGAGAAGUAUGAACAGUGGGGUUUCUACGAUUACUGGAAGAAGGAGUAGGGAAGGUUCUACGGAUGAUGCUUUCAAGAGUAUGCGAUCGAAAGCUAAAGGUGUCUUCGGACGUAUGUUCGGAACUACCCAACCUACUCCUAAUCCGCAUUCCUACUCUCAUUCCUCUCCCUCACAUCCUCCCGUCCCUCCUAUCCCACCUGGACUUGUCCCUCAUCCAAAGACUCCUCAACAUAGCCCACCUGAUCACAACGCUAUCUCCCCUACAUCCAAAUCUUCCCUGUCCAGUAAGGGAACACCUGAGAAACGUCGCUUCUCACCUAAUAACAACAUGAGCCAUGACAAACCUCUCCCACCACUUCAACACCAAUCAUCUUCUCCUGUCCCUUCCAAAGCUUCCAUCUCCAACACUCCCACUUUGACAGAGUCCAACACCAUGCGACGAAUAUCAGAAAUCAGAAAAUCAGGUCAUAUCCGUCAACCAGCAGAUACCAUAUUUGAAGGUCAAGAACAAAUACGAUCUCCCAUUUCAAAUCCUUCCAACACAAAUUCUCCAGGACCAGCGACGAUGGACAGUUUCACUCGUACCGUCGAUGGAAUGUUUGAUCUCAUUGGGCAAUCUGACGUAGCUCGAGAACUUGGUCUUCCACCUGAAAGUGUGAGAUCGAAAAGUAAAUCCAGAAAUCCAGACAAGACUCGUUCCCUAGAUUUAGAAGUGCCAAAGGAUAUACAUGGGAAGAUUUUGAGUGACUUAGGAAGAUCAAAUUCUCAUGAGAAUAGAAAGAGGUUGUUUACUGAAAAUAAAGGAGAAAGAGGACAAAAUUCUCCGGUACCGGGAUUCCGUACGACUUCCCUUCCAAACACUUCCCCUUCUCUUCCUCCUUCGCCAAAAACGAAAGUCGAUUCUGGUAUCCGUCCAAAAGCCUCUUCAGACCCUCCAGAGGAAAUUAUACAAUCAAAACCUGUCACACCUAUAUUAGUCACUCCCAACGAUUUUGGACCUUUGUUGAUAGAUAAAGAUGCGACCAUAAAGGCUAAACCGGAAACACCACUAUCACCAGGGACAGUCAAGUUGGUAACACAAAGAGAAGAACUCGGUAAAUUAGGUAUUGACACCUCGGCUGGAAAUGAUACAACAGAUACCGGACGGCCCGGUCCAUCCGCUUUUGGAGGCUCGAGUGUCUGGCGACAGCAAAGUCAAGGACAUGGGAAAGUUGGAUCGGAUACGGUGAAGGAGGAAGAGGACGAGACGGUGACUACUCCCACAAACACCAUGAAGGAGGAUGAUGAGGAGAAAGGAAGAAGGUUAGCUUGUGAAUUUUUGGAAGAUGAUUUCAGUCAUAUAAGUCAAGAGAGGGUAGCAGAGUUUUUAGGAGGACCACGUCCGGUCAAUCAAAUUGCUUUACGAUACUACAUGCAGUACUUUAAUAUGAAAGGUCUCAAUCUUGUCGACGCUUUCCGCGACCUAUGCAAGAGACUUCACCUCAAAGCCGAAUCACAAGAAAUUGAUCGUAUCAUCGAAGCUUUCUCCGCUCGUUACUAUCAUUGCAAUCCCACCACCGUCUUCGGUUCUCCUGGUAUCGUACAUACAGUCACAGGUGCGAUGCUCAUGCUCAAUACCGACCUACAUAUAGCGGAUUUAUCAAAACAUAUGUCAAGAUCAGAUUUCAUUCGUAAUGCUCUCAGAGCCAUACAAGAAUCUCGACCUUCAACAGAAGGUUCUUCAACUCCAGAAUUAAUAAGAGAUGAUUCAAGUAGUCUUCGUCCUUACCCAUCCACCACAUCAGUCGGACAAACUUCUAGUGUUCGUACUAAACCUCUCAACAGGUCAGAAGCUCCACAAACACAAAGAAGCGCUUCAGCACCUAUAGUAAAUGUUCCUCAUCUAGAACCUGCUUUCGCUUCUCAACUUCAUCUCGAUCCAAGAAUCAAAGAUUCAUCUACUACCAUUUCUAGUUUUUCUUAUUCGAAAGCAUGGGAAUCAGAAGCUGAAAAUGCUUUGAAAGAAAUUUAUUCGUCAGUCAGAACGGAUAGGAUUUUAUUACCUACUGGAAGUAAUUUGAGUGUAGGGGAUAAUAGAAAGAAUAAUAGACAAAGUAUUUUAAGUAUUGCGAGUAGUACUUCUCCGUAUGAAACGGGAAGGAAUAAAACUUUGAGAAGUCCGAGUCAAAGAGGUAGGAAUAUUAAUUUUAAAAGAGGUAGUGUUAUGGGAGGAUUAGGGACAAGUCCUUAUGUUUCAACUUAUUCUUCUGAUGGUAGAUUGAGUCCGACACCUAGUUAUUCAACUUCUAUCCAUGAGACCCAAUAUUCGUCUUUCACCCCCACCAUAGGCUUCGCUAGUAACCUCUCCCACACUGUCAUACGCGAAACCAAAGAAACAGACUCUGAAGCUCAUUCCAUCGCAUCGCAAAUAUCUCAGAGUAGCGUGAGUGAAAUGAACGAUGAUGAACUCGCACUUCUCGGUGCACCAUGGGCCAAGGAGGGAUUGUUGAGUAGAAGGUUAUAUAUCGAAGCAGGAGGUAAAAAAGCGAGUAAGAAGGAAUGGAAACAGUUUUUCGUGGUGGUUUCAUUAGGGGAAUUGUAUAUGUUCACUUUUGGAGAAGGGAGUAAAGGAGGGAGUGGGUUCGCUGGGGGAUCAGUCGGUGGGGGAAAUUGGAUGAACAACGCCAACGCCAUCGGUCAAAUCUCCCUCAUGCACACAAUGUCCUUACCCCUUCCUCAUUCCGGUUAUUCAGCUUCUCGUCCACAUUGUUUCUCCCUCUCACAACCGAACGGCGAAAUCAAUUUCUUUCAAGCAGGUACCGCAGAUCUAGUAACCGAAUGGACUGCAACAUGUAAUUAUUGGGCGGCAAGAAGAUCUCGUCAACCUUUACAAGGUGGAGUAUCUAAUAUGGAAUACGGUUGGAGUAGAGCUAUAGCGGAAUUGGAAGGUGGUGAUGGUCGUCUGAAUACUAACAGAGAUGAAGAUGAUCGUGCUAGUGUCAAAUCUAGGAGUAGUUCAAUGUUUGGUAGUCAUUCACAAAGACGUAAAGUUAGUGGAGAGAAGAAUAUACAUAUAAACGAUUGGAAACCUCCACCAGCGGCUACUAUGCCAAGUCCUUUAGAUGAGGAAUCUCAGUUGGAAACUUUACAAACGUAUGUACGUAGUUUGACAGAGGAGAUUGAGAGACAUAGAGCUUUGCAAGAUGGUGUGAAUAGAAGUCUCCUCCAGUUCAUGCCAAAUUCUCGAAACGCCCAAAAAGCAAAAGACAACUUCAGAGCGAAAAACCUUUUCCUUCAUAGUGAAAUAUACAAAUAUCAACAAUAUGUCGAAUCUCUACGUAAAGCCAUCAUCCUUCGUGUGCAAAAACAAGGGGAGAAGAAACUGGAAAAAUCUUUGACGAGAUCUUCAAACCUUUUACAGGAUCCAAUAGAAUUACGUCCAUCUUCUAAUACCAACUCCAAUCUUGAACUUGAACCUAAUCCUAAUUCUAAUCCUAAUCCCAGUCCAAAUACCAAUGUCGACUCAAAGUCAAAGUUUGAUCCAGGAGAUAUCACGAUAGGUCAUUUGAAUGUGGAUGGGCCUUCCACACCCGCACGCAGAGAAGGGGAAGAGUAUGGGAAUUCGGACAGAUCAGGUGGAUCGAGUGGGACUGAAAAGACGAAUGGAUCAGGUGGGACGGAUGGGACGGAAGGUGCAAGUGUGAAACGACCUUCUGGAUUGAAUGUAGGGGUUGUAAGUGGGGAUGAAGCGGCAGAAAGGGUAGAGAGGGUGGAAGAGAUGGUAGAAGGAAGGAUUACACCUAAUGCUUUGACGAGUCUCACUUAG